UAGAAGACCCUCAAGUUGGUAAUUUAUUUCGUCGUAUGAAUUUGAAGGAAACUUUAGAGGUUAGGAGAAAUGGAAAAAAUUUAUAUACUAACCGGCUUUGUUCAAACGAUCAGUUAUACCUUGUUUCCUAAUGCACUACAACUUUUUUUUUCCCUCUUUUCUGAUCGUUCACUCCCUACAUUGGAUUCUUCGAAAUUUAGAAAAAGUUAGUUUUAUACCCAAAUUCCUACAUGAAUUCAUUGCCUUCUCCUGCACCAAGUCCCGUGGCGGGUAAAAAAGAUCAGUUCCUUCAACGCCGUAAUACAGCUACCUCUAGCAGAGAUUUUCAAUUCAGCUUUAACGAAGACACUACAAAUAUGUAUGAACAACAUCUUGACGAUAGCUCUAUGCGUUCUACUGAAAGCAUCAGUGAUAGAUCGCUCUCAAUCAUAAGCAGCAGUACGACCAGGUCGUCAAACAGCAGUAGUACUACUAAAAGUCGCUUCAAUAUUUUUAGUGGCAGUAUUAAUAAUGGCGCCCAUGAUAAAAAGAAACCAAAAGAAAAACGGACUACUAGUCUCUCACUCGGAUUUGCUUCUACUGGUAAUAAAAGAAACUCGUCCUCUUCUUCAAAGACAAAGAAAAGCAAGAAUGGUUCAGCGCGCCCUUCCUUUUCUUCAGACACAUUAUCUCCAACAACUCCACCGCCGUUACCAACAGCGUCUGCUUUUUCAGCUAUUAAUAUUUCUGAUUUUGAUGACCUUCUGAAAUCAGGCGGCACGAAGAAAGUUUCUUUGACGCCGAAUCGUUUAAAAUCGAUAGAAGUACGGGAUGCUGCGACAGUAUCGACGAUAGUAGAUAGCUGCUCCACGAGUGAAGAAGAAGAGGAAGAAAUCAUUUCAAAAGGUAGAGAAGACAUAAAGGUCAACUCCAGAAGUGACAACAUUGCACGGUCAUCCUCUUCUUCAUCUUCCACAAUAACUGCAACGAAAAAGAAACGAUCCGUAGAAUAUCUCAAUACACGUACAUCCAAUUCUCCAUCCCCGUCAUCACUGCCUCAGCCGCCUUUACCUCCCCUUCCCCGAUUGAGUCGUGAACAAAUGAGCAAUCUGCAUAGUCAGUAUCUCGCUAAUAGCAACAGUAAUAGUAAUCAAAGCCCACCACUAACACCUGCAUCCAGUCUUGCUUUUCGUCAGUCAUCACAGCGUUCAGUUUACUCAGCCACCCACCAAAACCAAGCAUGCGAUGAUAACAAGCAACAGCAACAGCAACAUCGACAUCAAUUAUCAUCCUCGUAUGCUUCCUCUAUCUACUCAUCCUCUUCUUCCAUGGCUUCUUCUUUAAAGUCCUCUACAACCCACGAGGAAAUAUCUCAACGAGGCGUGCCUCAAGAAUUUUCAUCACUGCCAACUUUAGGCUCUCAUCACCCUCAUCCUAUACUUCGGCGAACAUCCGAGAGAAUACCAACCCAUAGUAAUACAUUAAACAAUACUUUUGGCGGCAAUACUAGUGCAGCGAACAAUAACAACAGGCGUAACGUAGUUAUAUCCCAAAGCAAUACUGUAAUAGGCCUAAACCUCCAGUCUGCUUAUUCUUCAUCAGACAGUACAUCAACAAUACAACCAGCGAAGCCUUUACAUUGUUUCCAAAGACCUUCCAGUAAUGUUCUUAAACGUGCAUCUAUGGGGUCGAGACCUCCGUCGUUUCAUGAAAGUAUGUUUGAUAGAAGUACUAGUGCUAUGCUCUUAAAUAUGUCAGCUACCAAUUGUAAUCUUCAUGGCUUACUAAAAGAAGGACUCGGUAAUGAUACGGAAGUUGAACAGGUAAAUAGUAUAGCAAAAGACAUGAGAAACUCUGUGGCGGCGACUUUAGUCGAUGAAGACGAGGAUGAAUCCAAACAGCAUGAUAUGGUUUAUGUAUUACCAGCUCAUUCCUCCAUGUCUUAUAAUACUUUAUCGUUUUCAACAAAACAGCAAUCUUUACUACGUCAGCCGUCAUUGCUUGCAGCUCAGCAAGAACAACAACAGCAAAAGUUCAAAAUUCCUAGAAAAUCCGUAUCCACCAGUCCCUUUCUCGUAAAUGCAUCUGUGUCGUCUACAAUUACAAACAGCAACAGCCGCGGUAUCGAUCAGGCUUGCCAAACAGAUCCGCUCUCCGACUUCCUUAAUACUGAUACUUAUUCGAAUGAAGAAGAUGAAGAAUGGUUUUUUGAUGAGGAACAUGAAGAUAGCGUUGCAGAGAGCGAAAGAUUAGCAGUUGAAUGGUUACUUGGGUGCGCAUAGUCAAUUGCACUGUCGCUCAUGAUUUGUUUCUCUUGUUAGUUCACUGCUUGGACUGCCACGCUUAUACAUUCUACUAUCUAAUAUAACUGUUGUAGUGCUGUUGUAGUAGUAACAUCACACUUAAUAAUGAUAUACCUUUUCAACAACAAUUACUUUAUGUUAUAUAUACUACUAUAGUAAAAUAUAAUGUCAAAGAAAGAAAAUCCAUAAUAGCAAAGCUUUAAGUCGAGCUUGACGCUCAAACUAACAUUUAGCAUCCUUUAAUCACUGUAUCGAUGGACUACUAGUCAAGCUAGGCCUGAUACGACACAUAAAAGAUGUAUAAAAUGAAUUUAUGUAAGAGGAUUUACUCCAACAAUAAAGUGGUUCUCACGUGAAGAAAGUUUGGGUAAACUUUCUAAUAAUUGCUGACUGAUUGAAUCCGAAUGCCAUUGACAGAAACCAAGCGGCCAA